AUGCUUCUUCUACAUUUUUCUUCUUCUUUGACUAUUUUUCCUUUUCUUUACUCUCUUCAUGUUUCUUCUUUUAUUUUUUACAUUCCCCCCUGCUCCUCCCCUUCAUAUUCUCUAUUAACAUCCGUUGUCUUAUUACUUACCUCUUCUACGAUUUCUUCUUCUUCUCCUUCUUCUUGUUCUUCUUCUUCUUCUCCUCCUUCUUCUUCUUCUUCUUCUUCUUCUUAUUAUUAUUAUUAUUAUUAUUAUUAUUUCUUCCUCUUUUAUAAACAUUUUUUUCCUUUAUUCUUCUGCAUCCAUCUUCUAUCGACAUCCUCUUUUGCUUAUUAUUAUUGUCCACUCACUACUUCUUUCCAUCAUUUCUCAUUCAUUGAUAACAGAUUUCAUCAUUCCAGUCUCUUCCUUCAUUUAAUUUCUCUCUCUCUUUCUCUCACUUUCUCUCUCUCUUUCUCUCUCUCUCUCUUUCUCUCUCUUUAUCCAUUCUUCAUUUUGCUCACUCGUUCUCCUUUCUUUCUCUUUGCCCUUCCUUCUUUUACGUCUUCUUCAAUACUUCUUUCUUUCUUUGUCGUUUUUCUUUCACUCUUCUUCCUAAUUUCGUCUUCUUCAUUUCUUCUUUUCUUUUAUCUUUCUUUGUUCUUUCUCUUUACUCUUCUUUCUUUUAAGUCUUCUUCACUAAUUCAUUCUUUCAUUGUCUUUUUUUCACAAAUUCCUUCUUCCUUUCUUUUAAAUUUGUUUUUCUUUUUCUUACAUGUUUCUUUCGUUUAUGUCGUCUUCUUCUUUAAUUCUUUCUUACUCUCAUUUAUCUUAGUUUUUACUCAAAUCGAUACCAUUUUUUUUCUUCUAACAGUGUCACUUCUUCGAGAAAAAUAUUUCUUUCUUUCUUUCCUUCUUUCUUUUUUCUUUCUUUCUUUUCUUCUGUCUUUCUUUUUUCUUUUUUUCUUUUCUUCUGUCUUUCUUUAUUUUUUUCUUUCUUUUCAUUCUUUCUUUUUUCUUUCUUUCUAUUCUUUUACCUUUCUUCUUUCUUUCUUUUUCUUUCUUUUCUUUUGCCUUUCUUCUUUCUUUCUUUUUUCUUUCUUUCUUUUCUUUUGCCUUUCUUCUUUCUUUCUUUUUUCUUUCUUUCUUUUCUUUUGCCUUUCUUCUUUCUUUCUUUUUUCUUUCUUUUCUUCUUUCUUUUGUUUCUUUCUUUUUCAUUUUUUCUUUUUUCUUUCUUUCUAUUAUUUUACCUUUCUUCUUUCUUUCUUUUUCUUUCUUACUUUUCUUUUGCCUUUCUUCUUUCUUUCUUUUUUCUUUCUUUCUUUUCUUUUGCCUUUCUUCUUUCUUUCUUUUUUCUUUCUUUCUUUUCUUUUGCCUUUCUUCUUUCUUUCUUUUUUAUUCUUUUCUUCUUUCUUUCUUUCUUUCUUCCUUUCUUUUCUACUUUUUCGUUUUCUUUCUGUUCUUCUUUCUUUUUUUCUUUCUUUCUUUCUUUGA